AAAGAUUUACUCCUGCGUGUAAAGAAAGAUUUACUCCUGCGUGUAAAGAAAGAUUUACUCCCGCGUGUAAAGAAAGAUUUACUCCUGCGUGUAAAGAAAGAUUUACUCCCGCGUGUAAAGAAAGAUUUACUCCCACGUGUAAAGGAGGAUUUACUCCCGCGUGUAAAGAAGGAUUUACUCCCACGUAUAAAGAACGAUUCACACCCACGUGUAAAGAAAGAUUUCCUCCCGCGUGUAAAGAGAGAUUCACCCCCACGUGUAAAGAGAGAUUCACCCCCACGUGUAAAGAAGGAUUCACUCCCACGUGUAAAGAAGGAUUCACACCCACGUGUAAAGAAAUAUUUACUCCCGCGUGUAAAGAGAGAUUCACUCCCACGUGUAAAGAUGGAUUUACUCCCUCGUGUAAAGAAGGAUUCACUCCCACGUGUAAAGAGGGAUUCACUCCCGCGUAUAAAGAAAGAUUCACUCCCACGUGUAAAGAAGGAUUUACUCCCCAUGUAAAGAAAGAUUUACUCCCACGUGUAAAGAAGGACUCAAAUCCACGUGUAAAGAAGGAUUUACUCCCACGUAUAAAGAAAGUUUUACUUCCGCGUGUAAAGAGAGAUUCACUCCCACGUGUAAAGGAGGAUUCACACCCACGUGUAAAGAUAUAUUUACUCACACGUGUAAAGAAAGAUUUACUCCCGCGUGUAAAGAAAGAUUUACUCCUGCGUGUAAAGAAAGAUUUACUCCCGCGUGUAAAGAAGGAUUCACACCCACGUGUAAAGAAAUAUUUACUCCCGCGUGUAAAGAGAGAUUCACUCCCACGUGUAAAGAAGGAUUUACUCCUGCGUGUAAAGAAAGAUUUACACCCGCGUAUAAAGAAAGAUUUACUCCCGCGUAUAAAGAAAGAUUUACUCCUGCGUGUAAAGAAAGAUUUACUCCUGCGUGUAAAGAAGGAUUUACUCCCGCGUGUUAAGAAAGAUUUACACCCGCGUGUAAAGAAGGAUUUACUCCCGCGUGUAAAGAAGGAUUUACUCCCACGUAUAAAGAACGAUUCACACCCACGUGUAAAGAAAGAUUUACUCCCGCGUGUAAAGAGAGAUUCACUCCCACGUGUAAAGAAGGAUUCACACCCACGUGUAAAGAAAUAUUUACUCCCGCGUGUAAAGAGAGAUUCACUCCCACGUGUAAAGAAGGAUUUACUCCCUCGUGUAAAGAAGGAUUCACUCCCACGUGUAAAGAAGGAUUCACUCCCGCGUAUAAAGAAAGAUUCACUCCCGCGUGUAAAGAAGGAUUUACUCCUGCGUGUAAAGAGGGAUUCACUCCCGCGUGUAAAGAGGGAUUCACUCCCGCGUGUAAAGAGGGAUUCACUCCCGCGUGUAAAGAAAGAUUUACUCCCGCGUGUAAAGAAGGAUUUACUCACGCGUGUAAAGAAGGAUUUACUCCCGCGUGUAAAGAGGGAUUUACUCCCGCGUGUAAAGAAAGAUUUACUCCCGCGUGUAAAGAAAGAUUUACACCCGCGUGUAAAGAAGGAUUCACUCCCACGUGUAAAGAGGGAUUCACUCCCACGUGUAAAGAAGGAUUCACAGCCACGUGUAAAGAAAUAUUUACUCCCGCGUGUAAAGAGGGAUUCACUCCCGCGUGUAAAGAAGGAUUUACUCCCACGUGUAAAGAAAGAUUCACUCUCGCGUGUAAAGAAGGAUUUACUCCCACGUGUAAAGAAGGAUUUACUCCCGCGUGUAAAGAGGGAUUUACUCCCGCGUGUAAAGAAAGAUUUACUCCCGCGUGUAAAGAAAGAUUUACACCCGCGUGUAAAGAAGGAUUCACUCCCACGUGUAAAGAGGGAUUCACUCCCACGUGUAAAGAAGGAUUCACACCCACGUGUAAAGAAAUAUUUACUCCCGCGUGUAAAGAGGGAUUCACUCCCGCGUGUAAAGAAGGAUUUACUCCCACGUGUAAAGAAAGAUUCACUCUCGCGUGUAAAGAAGGAUUUACUCCCACGUGUAAAGAAGGAUUCACUCCCGCGUGUAAAGAAGGAUUCACUCCCACGUGUAAAGAGGGAUUCACUCCCGCGUGUAAAGAAUACCUCAAGAAAAUUUAGAUUGUUGGAGGAAAGAUAG